UAUAUAUAUAUAUAUAUAUAUAUAUAUAUAUAUAUAUAUAUAUAUAAAUAUAAAUAUAAAUAUGACACAUUGCAGGGAGGACAGCAUUUUAAAAAGCGAGAAGAGAGAGAAGUGCACACUGCUGAAGGUUUUCUUUGGAAGCAGAACCAUUUCCUGAACAGGCGGCUAUGAACCAGGCUUUUUUUUUGUGUCCCCUGUGAACGUCAGCAGCGCAGUCCACUUAAAGAGUCCUGCAAAACAUUCUAAUAGAACUGCCUAUCUAAGAGUUUUCAGCAAAAUAUAUAUUAUUGGUACCAUAUAAACAUGCACACUCAUUCUAUGCCUAAACAUAAACUAAUACCUUAGUUUAAUAACAAUGCUGCCCUUCUGCAGUCUCAGCGACACAUUGCAGGGUAAUAAAUGAGUUUCAGGGUCAUUUGGGCCACUAUCAGUUCUGCCAGCUUCAGGGUGGCUGUCUGCAAACAGAGAGUUAUGAUGCUGGCUAUUAAACCACAGCUGCGUUCAUCUUCUUGACAGGAAUAAUCAGGAUGCUGGAAAUGCAGGAGCUGCAGUUAGCCCAUCUUCAAAAUGGCAGCCCUGUGUAUAGAUACAGUAUCAUUCCUCCAGGUUUUAAUCAUUUUAUUACUACACAGUCAAAUCAAAAUAUUAAUAAUCCAUUUUUUACACUCCUUGGCCACUUUUUCUGCUCCGUUGAACAAAUAGGAGAACUUACAGAUGCUAGUCCAUCUGUUUAUCAGCACACUUUGUUAACCUCCUUUCACCCUGUUCUUCACCCCGCGCUCACUGGGGGUUCUGUAUUCUGUAUUUUCUAUGUUUAAUGUUUUGCCUGAUUCUUUGUCCUGUGAUCACGUCUCUGUAAAGCUGCUUUGUGCCAACACCAGUUGUAAAAAGUGCUAUACAAAUAAAUUUGAUUUGAUUCUUUAAUGUUUUGCUGGUACAAGUGGAUCAGACACAGCAGUGUUGCUGAAGUUUUUAUGCACCUUAGUGUCACUGCUGGACUGAGAAUAGUCCACCAAUAGGAAAUACCCAGACAACAGAGGUCUGCCCACAGUGCCUACAGUGUUCCAUGAUCAUCUAGAGGAUGAUCAACACUGUCUGUGCAGCAACAGAUUACAGAGCUUCUGUCUCUGAGUUUACAUAUACAAGGUAGUGGACUAGAAGUGUCUAAUAGAGUAGACUUGAGUUUUGAGAUUUACUGUUGAAGAAGAAACAGGGUGAAAGGAGAAUAAUAAAGUAUGCAGUGAAAUAGAAGGACUACAGUAUUUGAUUACAGAACUACCAGUGACUCCUAGAUGCUCGGAGGAGCUGAGAAAAUGGAUAAUGGAUGUAGUACCAUCAGGUGGUCAUUAUAUUCUGAUAUGACUGUGUAAAUUGUGGGCUGUAUGCCAUGUUCAUCUAGUGCAGUUAUAGCAGUCUAAAAAGAGAGGCUGUAUAUGUGGCAGACGUAACCCAUAGUUACAGACACUUCAGCACUCACCAGCCACUCCACAGCAUAGAUGCAGCUGUGAUAUUCUAAACUAAUGUCCUUGCUUUCCCAUAGCUGUAUUCAUCUUUUCUCAUAGCUGUAUUCAUCUUUCAUCUCGCAUUCCCCUUGGCCUUCCCUCCCUUCCUCUGUGACGGGAUUGUGCAGCUCCAGAGCAAGCCGAAGUCUAUUUCUGUCCCUGUAUAUUCUCCUCUGGCUGCUGCCAGCAAGCAUAGCGUUGUCACAGUGAUAGACAUCUCCACCAGCCUCCCUCAGCCAAUCAACACACCAGGUGUUUAUGCCAAGAAACAUGAUCAUUUUCCAUUUCCUUCCCACUCCUCUUGUAUGAGAGUAAGGGAUUAGUAGCAGAGCCCAGUGAGGAGCACACUGAAAAAUAGAACCCUUGGCAGUGGCACUCUGAUGAUGGGAAAUGCAGUGUUCAGCCUUGGAGGAGGGAACUGAACUGAGUGGAUCUAUCAAGUUCCAAUGGAGCAUCUUGUGAUAUUAUUAAAUCUGAAAAAAAAAAUGACAGAGGUGAUUUCUACAGAUGAUCCAGAACAACUAACUGAUAUGGCCUUGAUCAACUUGGAGCUGUUAUGCAGGCCUCAUUGCUCAGUGAACUAAAGGCUGUUUAUGUUUAUGAACAUUUUCUGACAUGAUUAUGUUGGAACGGAAACUCUCCACUACAUCAAACUGAAUACUACAUCUAUUCAAAGGAACCUUAGGAAUCUGAUGCUUUAUAUGACAAGAUGGAGUAGCAAAAAUGUAGCAAACGUAAAUCCUGGUCAUAAACACAUAAUAACAUUUGCGUCAUGGAUACUUCUGAACCUUCUGUUGGUGCGAGAUGUUCCCAACAAGGAGCUUCAGGAGAAGAGACUAAGUCUAAUCCUAAAAUGACCCAAAAAGGCCAUAUUUCUGACACUGAAGGUGAAGUAGGACUAACAGAGAAACCCCAGGCAGGAGAGUUAAGGCCAUGUUCUAGUUCAGAGAUAAAGACGGUGGGGUCUGAAGCUUGUCCCACGUUACAACCCAGUGAGCAAUAUCCAAUCCACAGCUGGAGUAAGACGCACAUUAUCCCUCCUCCUGGAAAACGAGGGAUUCAAUUAAAGGUUGACUUGCUGUCAGAGGGUCUGCACAAAAAAGAGCAGAAACCAAAGAAGACAGGAAAGUAUGUUUGCCAUUAUUGCGGGAGAGCUUGUGCAAAACCCAGUGUCCUAAAGAAGCACAUUCGUUCUCACACCGGUGAGCGACCUUAUCCUUGUGUUCCGUGUGGAUUCUCCUUUAAAACUAAAAGUAAUUUGUACAAACACAGAAAGUCUCACACACAUGCUGUCAAAGCAGGUCUGAUUCCAUUUUCAGAACACGACAGUAAGCGUUUGGCUAUGGAUGAAGAAUUAGGAAUUGGAGAAGGGGAGAUGCAGUCGGAUGCUGAGCAGAGCACUGACACGGAUGAGGAGCUGAUAGAAGAAACUUCCAUCCAUGUGAAAGGCAGAGAGGACAUUGCACUGGAAGAAUCUGGUAAACUCAUGCAAAACAAGCCUAUGAUAAGCUUUUCUGAGAGCUCUUUGAAAAAGGACACACUGUCACCUUCAGGAAAAAUAUCUUUAUGGCAGUUCAGAGAAAUGAUGCCACCUGCAGUUGUCACUCAGGUGGACCAAGAGAUUGAGACCUCCACCAUCAAGCAAAGACUUGCACUUAGGCUUUCAGAGAAAAAGAGCCAGGAAUCAGACCAGUCUCUCUCCCUUCCCAGUUCGUACAGCAAAGGCAGCACCGACUCUGGUUAUUUUUCACGCUCAGAGAGUGCAGAACAGCAGGUCAAUCAACCAAGUGCAAGUGCCAAGUCAUACCAAGAAAUUAUGUUUGGGAAGUGUUAUAGACCGAGCUCCAAGCCAAGGCAAUCAAUCACUGUACAGACCUGUAUGACAGACAUAAAUGAGACUUCAUCGAGUUUCAUGAUUAAAUUGACCAAAGGCAUGCUGCCCGGGGAAGCUACAUCCCAUUUGCACAGGCGUAAAAAGGACCUGGUCAGAUCAAUCAAAAUCGAAUCAGAUUCUUUUCAAGUAGAAGACUAUCAAGAGGUCCCUGAAAUGUUUCAGGGUAGUACUGAACUUCUGGAAACCCCACCAGAAAGUGGUUUACUUUUACGAAGCAACUCCCUUCCAACCCCAACUGAUUCCACCUUGAAUGCACCACAAGCACUACGAAGUAGUAAUUCUUUUGAUGAAAGGAUGACAAACGAUGACGCUGCCUAUCGUGGCUCAGUAGGCAUGAGAAAGCUUAUGAGACAGGCUGCUUUCGAGCACUCUGCACAUGAAGGGCACACAGAGUCAGAUAGUCAUGCUUCAGUGGUGUGUGGCCUGAAAUCAGAGGUGAAAAUUCACAGAGUUGAAGACUCUAAAUUUGGAAUCGAGAGUUGUCCAGAAUUUGAGCGAUCACUUAUAUUUCAAGGCCAUAUGGUGGAAAAUGCCACAAGGAAACGUAGAAAAGGAAAGAAUGUCAUGGAAGGCGAAGAUUUCCUGACCCAAAAUAAGCCAUCAGGACUGCCUGAAGUCUCAGGAGACCUUGAUACAAAACAAAACAUACAAGAGGCACAAUAUACUGAUACAGACAGAAGGGCUGGCAGCAAUGUUAUCUCUGUAAUUCAGCACACAAACUCAUUAAGCAGACUAAGCUCUGCAGAGAAGCUCAUUGACUUUGAGUCUCUUCAGUUCGAUAAAAGUACUGUUUACCAUAUACCAGAAAAGGAACUAAUCAAGGAAAGACACAAAACAGAUCUCCUCAUUAAAUCCAGUAAAAUUGAAAAACAGUGGGGUGGCAGUAAUGUACUAUACCAGAGGUCAUACCCAUCCAAACAACUUGCAUCUCAGUCAGGAAUCCAGGUCCCUGAGAUAAGAGUUACUGAAGAGCCAGACAAACCAGAGAAUGUUCAGGUGAGGCCAAAGGAAAAACAUGGUGAGGAAUUCCAGUGGCCUCAGAGGAGUGAAACCUUGUCAAAAUUCCCAGUUGAAAAGCUACCUCCAAAAAAGAAGCGCUUACGAUUAGCUGAAAUGGAAUGUUCCUCUGGUGAAUCCAGCUUUGAAUCUGCUUGUACUAGUCUCUCUAGAAGCCCAAGUCAAGACAGUAAUUUAUCUCACAGCUCAAGUUUCUCUCAAUCACUUGACAGAGAAGACAGUGUUAAUGUUGCAUCCCCAGCUAAAUCGGAAGAACUGAGUAAGCCUCUUGAGUUCCUUGCAGUGCCAGGGGGCUCACUUAGUCAUCAUAGAGAGAUGAGGCGCUCUGCAUCAGAACAGGCACCCUGCAAUGUACCCCUGGAGUUACCAGAAUUUAGAAGCAAGUCCUUUGACUAUGGCUACCUUUCUUCUUCAACCAGUUCUAUGCAAAGUGACAUUUAUGCCAGUGCAAGUGGAUAUCAGGAGCGACGAAGGGGCUACUUGGUCAGACAGGCCUCUUUGACUGGGGAUCCAGAAACUGUCACACAUGACAGAUCUUUGGAGCACAAUCUUGCUCAUGGUGGCUCAGAUACAGUUGAAAUAAGCAAAAGAGUAUCUUCACCUGAUGUACAGUUUUUCUUAGAAGGAUCCUCUUUUGGCAUUGAGAAGAUGAAACAGUCUUUGAUGUUUGGAGGUGUCUCUACACAGCAGCUAAAUACAGCACAAAUCCCACCAGUGCAAAUCUCAUGCCAGAAACAAAUUUUUCAUCCUCAGACUUUCAUCCGCAGUCUAAAGCAGAAAACAGAGAAAGAUCCUGAAGAUUUAAAUCCAAUUGAGGAGCACAGAAUUGCCCUGAUGGAUCUACCAAAAGAUCAGCCACCCAGUGUCUCAAAUGUUUUGUCAACAAUAGCAGUUCUUUCUCAAGCUAAGCCUGCUUUAGCCAGUCAGAGAUUUUGCAGUUUGUUGGUUCCUGUCAGAAUUCAGAUGCAAGUGCCGUGCUAUGGAAAUAUGACAUACACAAGUAUAUCUCACAUUCUGGAUUCUAUGAAUACCCCAAACAUAGGAAACAGAUACGUCACAAGUCCACCUGUAGGUAUCACAGCUCAGAAUAGAGUAACUUCUGAUCUUUCACAACAAUCAGGACAAUCCAGAGGACUGCUGAACAACCCACCGUUAUCACCUGCAAAGCUUAAUACAGGCAUACCUCUUUCCUUGACCUCCAGAACCAUCUCAACCACAGAGGCUCCCAGUGUUGGAGCUCACAAGCGUAUGCUUUCUCCUGCAAGUAGCAUUGAGCUCUUCAUUGAAGCAAAGCAACAAAAACGUGUCAAAGAUGAGAAAAUGUAUGGCCAGAUUGUAGAAGAACUGAGUGCUGUAGAAUUAGGACAUCCUGAUGGUGGAAGAGAAUCCAGAAUAGAAAGAAAUGUCCAGGAGAGUACAUCUGACCUUCAGGACUCAUCUAUGAUUGUGGAGGAGAUAGACAUAGACGACUCCAGUGCAGAUCUUUGCCAUAAGACAGAGUUGCCUUUGUCCAGCAAUGUUUUACAAGAAGCAGUAAGCAAUUUGCCAGUGCCAGUCAGGACCUCAACCAGUCAAAGUCAUGCCGUAGCUGCACUGCCCAGAGAUAUUGCCCAUGCUUGGAUUCUGUCACAGUUUCCAAGUCUUCACACUACAACAUGUGUGAGCUGGUGUUAUCUCAAUUCUACAAAACCAAACAGUGCUCAAACAUCCACUCAUUUCUCAGUGUAUGCCACUUGGUUUGUAAGAUCCCAUAACCCAAAUCCACCCACUCUUAGCACUGGAAUGGUUCUUGCUCUUCUCCGGUCCAAACAGAGGAGCCAAAAUGCCACAUAUACAAUUGCAGCUAUUAAUCAGCCUGGAGUACUUGUUACCUCAGCUUUGUGGAAUCAGAAACUGGAGCUGGGAAUUGUGGACAAGCGAGGGGAUGAUAUACAAUAUGACACUCCAAUGAAAAGUGUUAAACAAAAGAACAAAUGUUUGCGUGAGAAUAGCAAAGAGACUGAAACAUCUGUGAAGCAAACAGAAUCUGUUCGAAUUAAGAUAUUUGAAGGAGGGUACAAAUCAAAUGAGGAAUAUGUAUAUGUUAGAGGCCGUGGACGAGGGAAAUAUAUUUGUGAAGAGUGUGGUAUUCGUUGUAAAAAGCCUAGCAUGCUGAAGAAACAUAUCCGUACUCACACAGAUGUAAGGCCUUAUGUCUGCAAGUGCUGCAACUUUGCCUUUAAAACUAAAGGGAAUCUCACCAAGCAUAUGAAGUCAAAAGCUCACAUGAAAAAAUGCCUGGAGCUUGGGGUUUCACCUAUGGCAAUGGACAAUACAGAUGAUGCUGAUCAUGAAGAUGAUGUCCAGAAAUCCUCAGAUAUCAGAGUGGCAGUUGGUACAACCAUCAAACAUCAGUUCUCGGACGCAGAUGAUUCUGACGGUGGAGAUGAAGAUGGAGAAGAACCAGACGAUGAAGAGGAUGAUGAAUAUGAUGGUGACUCUACACCAAGAACCCUCUCCAGGAGCACGAGCCCUCAGCCUUGCGCAGUAAACAAUACGUUUCCCUCCAGCUGUUUCACUAGGAGCUCAGAUUCAGGAAACACUCCUAGGGACAGGUUUGAGGCCUCCUCUCUCAGUAAUGAGGAUGAUUUUUCUCUGGAGCAAGCAAGCAGCUCGUUUGAUCCCUGCCCACCUCAUCUGCUUUCUCCUUGUUGGGAUUCACCUCAUCAAAGGUACAUGUGCCCAAGGGGGGAUCUGUCACCACAAGGUCAUCUGUCUCCAGGAAGGGACACAUCCCCGUUGAGGGCCAUCUCACCAAGGAGGGAUUUAAAUAUCAGAGGAGAUCUGUCACCUAAUCGCCAGCUUUCGCCUGUGAGACCCAUAUCACCGGGGACAGACGUGUCCAGGCAUCGAGCACCCUCCCCACGAGGCCGGCACAGGGGCAUGCUCAGGGCUGCUUCCCCACGCAGGGGGUCCUACCAGCACAGAGCCUACAUGGAUCAGGGCAGAGGCAUGAGAUUUGAAGCCUCUUCCUUAAGACAAACCAUUGGACUGCGCCCAGAAAUGGAUCAGCGAGAGAGCGGUUUUCAAAGCCUUUAUGUCAGUGACUGCCUACGAGGUAAAUAUGAUGCAUCCACUCUUCCCCAUCGGGACAUCUUCAGCCACUUGCCUUUGCACUCCCAGUGGCAGGUUCCAACUCCCAUCCCAAUGGUUCCUGUUGGAGGGUUAAGAAUGCCCUCUGUACCACCAUGUGGUGCUUCUGUGGACAGACACUCUCAGUCACUACCAGAGGGAGACAUAUCAGAGGGAUCUAAUUCCAGCCAGACAUCAGUCCCUGUUCCCGGACCUGGGACAAGCAUCUCAUCCCAAAAGAUGGAGAAACCAACCUCUGCCACUGGUCUUGCCAGUAGGGACAAGAAGCAAGAGGAGAGUGUUCAGAUCUGUGCACAGGCAAUUGCCUCCCUCAGGAUCACUUCAGAGGAAAAUCCUCCAAAAAGCUGAUUCAGACAGCUUUGGAAAAUCUUUUAUUAUGUUAAGCGUGAACAAAGCUCAGAGGAUGACUUAGAGAAGCUAAAGUUUUGAUAAGGUGCAAUAAAUGGCAGAAACGAAUGAUGAGUAUAUGCACACAAAUUUUUGCAAACAAAUGCACAACACAUAUUAGGUCAGGCUGCCAUAUUAGUCUCAGAUUUCCAUUGAAGUCAUUGUAUCCAUGUAUGCAUAUAUAGUAAGGCCAUGCAAAACAUACAUAUGCAGACCACAGAUACAGAACUUGACAGCAGUAUUUCAAAAAUGCAUUUAAAUUGCAGAAACUGCAUUUUGUAAACUAUUUCUAUUUUUUCAACAACUAAAAAGUACCUUUACUUUCCAAGUCGACAGCCGUAAACUUUAGUGAUCAUGACUAUCAUGGAAGUCACCCCAUCUGAUCGGCUUGUGCCUUUUUAGAAUUAUUUGCCUAUGCCUCAGUGAGACAGAAUUGUUGGAUGUAUUGUCAAUGCAGUGAAAUAUAGUGUAAAGUAAAAGUGAGCAGAGGAACUGUCAAUGCUUUUGAAAUUGCACUUAAUUUACAUUUUACCGUUUGAAUAUUGCAUUCAGCAGUGCUAUGAUAUUGCUUAGUAUAGUUGUACAUGUUAUGUUUGCUAGUAUGUUAGUUACAUAUUUGUGUAAUUGAGCUUUUUAAUUUUGGAAUGUGAAAUAAUAUAUAUUUGUUUUUAUUUAAAACCUUUAGCAUUUCUUAAAGUUGUACACAUUUCCCCUUGUUUAACCUUAUACUGUUUAGCACUUAUGCAACAAAGUGAAAUCUGUAGAUGUUGUUCAUGUAGUUUAUCUUAUGACAACAUAUUAUUGCUAUGAUAACCUAAAGUAAUUAGUAAAUGUUAUGCAUUUAGAUUACUAUUUAAAGCACUUUCUUAAGAAGUAACUGACUGAUGCUGUGCAGUUGAUAUGUGGGCUAUUUGGAGUCAAUGUAUGAUUGAUUUCAACAAAUGGCACAACAUUCCAGCCAAUUGUAAGUCAAUUAUAUGCACAUAAAUAUACAUACAGUGUUGGAUAGUCACGGAUUACAUAUUUAUUAGAUGAUGUAUUCAGUUUAUGAAAAUGAUGGAUUAUUUAUCAUUACUUAUAACCUAGAUCAGGGAGUCCCAAAGACAGUUCUUGGGACCUAAUGCUCUGCACAGUUUGUCCCUACACUGAGGGAAAGCACAUAUGUGCACAGUGUGAGCUCCCCAAGACUGAGCUUGAGAACACUCUGGACUUGAUUAUGCAUUCAGUCAUGAAAACAUACAUGUUUCUUACAUGUGAUUUUAUUAUGGCCUACCUUUUUAAACAUCUCAGCAUUUACUGAGAUAACAAUCAAGCAUAUGUUCAUUAAUCUAAAUACAGUAUGUUUACAUUUUUUGCACAUAGUAAGUCACUGAAAUCAUACAUACCAAUGAUGUAACUGACUUAUGUACAUUUAGUAUUUUCACUGGCAUUAAACAUGUUUUGGUUAAAUAUUUUUGAGAAUGCCUCCCAGUACAGAAUUAUACCUGUGUAAUGAAACUAACAGUAAUCCAGUAAUGAUCAGAUUGCACUUUUUGAUUAAGAUUUUCCCGAAUUAAUAUUUAUAAUCAGUGCCUGAUUACAUUUUCUAAGUAAUCUGCCCAACACCACUCUCUCUCUCUCUCUCUCUCUCUCUCUCUCUCUCUCUCUCUCUUUCUUACCUUCUCUCUCUUUCUCUCUGUCUGUCUCUCUCUCUCUCUCUCUCUCACACACACACACACACACAUACACACAAACACAUACACACACAAUGAUGUACUGUAAUUACUUUUUUUCUAGCGUGUCUUGUGUGAAAACUGUUGGACAAGAGGUUUGCUGUCUUUACAGGUUUCUCUUGCCAUCUAAUGAGCUGAACAGUGUGUCUGUUGGACUAUGCUUGAUUGUAUACAGUUUAAAGGUGAACUUGUUAUUAAAUGUCUCAGAAGGGAAGUAUUAUUGGUAUCUUGUAUUAGACCUAGAGGGGAAGUCUAGUAGCAUGAUCAAAUAUUUUGGGACAAGAUCAGCUUAAUGCUCCUUUUCGGUGUUCACUUACAAUAGGCUAUAAGUGGAAUUUAUAUUCAUUGUUGGGGUGUUAAUAACACUGAUAUCAUGACAAAGUUAGUUACAUGAAGGGUGUUUCAUGUCAUGUUUACAUUAUAAUUGAUGAAGUAUUUUAUUUCGAUAGUUUGAAUAGUUUGGUAUAUCGCAAAUGUUUGAAAUAUAUACAUUCCGGUCAGAAUAUUAUGACCACCUCUUUGUUUUACAUUCCUUGUCCAUUUUUUCAGCCCAUAUGGGACAUAUGGGAAAACACUAUAGUAGUAUGUAUAACCGUGUGUGUUGUGCUGGUAAGAUUGGAUUAGACACAGAUGUGCUGCUGGCGUUUUUAAACACUGUGUUCAUCAGUGAUCACAUGGCGCUGCCCACAGGGUGCUUUUGGCUGGAUGGAUACCAGUGUCACUGCAGUACUGAGAAUGACCGACCACCUAAAUAAUACCAACUUUGUGGUGGUCUCACCUGUGGGGUACAGACUGUUGUUAAACAAGUUGAAAAAGAAUGCAAAGAAACUACAGAUUGUAAUUAUAUACCUACAAACUGCUCUUAUAUGAUCAGGGGAGCUGAUGAAAUGGACAGUGAGGAUAGAAACAAGCAGGUGAUCAUAAUAUUCCAACUGGACUAUGUAUAUGUAUAACACGGACAUCAUUCAUGAAUAUUCAGAAAUAUAUUUAUUUAUUGCCCAUAAAGGCAGCUGAUCUCUCUGUGAUAUUGACUUUUUUGUUGUUGUUUCUCUUCUGAUUACAAGAUGUCCAUUAGCAAUGGGAAAAGGUAUAUUAAAGUUCUAUAAUAAGCAUUUGUCACCAAUGCUCUUACCUCAAAUUAUUUACAAAUAAAAGUUUAAUAAAGAAAAAGUGAGCGAUA